AAAAGAAACAAAUAAAGAAAAGGAAAGAAGAAAGGAGGAAGAAGAAGAAAGAAGAUCAAAUGGAUAAGCAAGAAGAUCGAACGGCUCUUAUCUCCCCAUUAUCUCAAAUUGCACCUCAACAAGAAAAAGCGAAGCCCCGACGGCGGCGGAAGAAGAACAAAGGAGGAGUAAACAGCCUUUCAGGUUUUAGAAAAAGGAAACUCACCCAGGAACAAGUUGACGUUCUCGAACUUAAUUUUGGCAACGAACAUAAACUGGAGUCUGAGAAGAAAGACCGCCUUGCUUCCGAACUCGGACUCGAUCCUCGUCAGGUUGCAGUUUGGUUCCAAAACCGCCGUGUUCGGUGGAAGAACAAGAAGAUAGGGCAAGAGUUCAGCAAGCUGCAGUCGGCCCACGACGGCGUUGUCCUCGAGAAAUGCCGUCUUGAAUCAGAGGUUAUCAAGCUUAAAGAGAAGCUGUGUGAAGCGGAGAAGGAAAUCCAACGGCUGGGAGAGCGAGCAGAUGGGGGAGCGAGUAACAGUCCAAUCUCAUCUCUAACAAUGGAAGCCAUGGAUACACAUUUACUGGGUGAAUUUGGAGGAUAUGAAGAAGCUUUCUACAUAGCAGACAACAGUUACAAUAAUCCCGGAAUGGAGUGGAUGAAUCUGUACAUGUAAUUAAGUAGGAGGUCCCGUUUUUUGCAAUUUUGUGCAAUUUAAUCCUUAAUAUCCUUGCUUCA